UCUAUUUUUAGAGUUCCAAUGGUUUUGCUUGGAUCGAUAGAUGAACAGCGAGCCUUUUUUGCUAAUAUUGCGGCUUUUACUAAAAGAGGAAAUGGUAAUUUUUAAUGCGAAAGCGAACCUUUUAAAUGAAGCAGCUAAAUUUACGGCGAAAGGUUAUAAGAGCUAAUGUAGUUGGUGACGUUCUUCCCGGGUCCGAAACGUAUGCGCUUGGUUUGUGUGCACGCGUGCAAAGAGGCGCGAUAGUUGCGCGAGAUUCAAGUUGUAACGAUCAAUACAGCGUCCCUUGUCGCGGUAUUCGUCUGUGAGCUGUCCAAGUGAUCAGAUCUCUAAUGCCUCCGAAGCUUUUACGAAUGUGAUGAGAAAGGUGUUUCAUACGAAUAAAUGAGAUGGUGUGGGGAAUGGCUCAAGAGUAUAGUUAAGGCUGUAAAGUGUGCAGGAUUACACUCACAAUGAACAACCGUACCCUAUUUAUAAUAAUCGCCCAUGUGAUACACGUGGUUCUGUGUAGCAAUCCCAAACUGAAUUUUCGCGAAAAGGAGAAGGAAAUUCUGGACCAAAUUUUGGGACCUGGUCGAUACGAUGCAAGGAUCCGUCCCUCAGGUGUAAACGGUACAGGAGACGGCCCGACCCUUGUAUACAUCAACUUCUUUCUGCGAUCUAUCAGCAAAAUAGACGAUUAUAAAAUGGAGUACAGCGUUCAACUUACUUUCCGUGAGCAGUGGCUGGACGAACGGUUAAAAUUCAACGAUUACGGAGAACGCCUCAAGUACCUCACACUCACUCAAGCCAACCGUGUUUGGAUGCCCGACCUGUUUUUCUCUAACGAAAAGGAGGGACAUUUUCACGAUAUUAUCAUGCCGAAUGUCUACAUCCGUAUAUAUCCAGAUGGGUCGGUGCUGUAUAGUAUAAGAAUAUCACUUACGCUCUCAUGCCCUAUGAAUCUGAAACUUUAUCCGCUAGAUCGCCAGAUUUGUUCCUUGAGAAUGGCUAGCUAUGGUUGGACAACUGCCGACUUAGUAUUCUUAUGGAAGGAAGUAGAUCCUGUUCAGGUUGUAAAAAAUUUGCAUUUACCGAGGUUCACUCUCGAAAAGUUCCUCACGGAUUACUGCAAUAGUAAGACUAACACCGGGGAGUAUAGCUGUCUCAAGGUUGAUUUACUAUUUAAGCGCGAAUUUAGUUAUUACCUCAUUCAAAUUUAUAUUCCAUGUUGUAUGUUAGUUAUAGUUUCAUGGGUUUCUUUUUGGCUUGACCAAGGAGCUGUUCCAGCUCGCGUUUCCUUAGGGGUAACGACUUUGCUCACGAUGGCAACACAGACGUCAGGAAUAAAUGCUUCACUUCCCCCUGUUUCAUACACCAAAGCAAUCGACGUUUGGACUGGAGUGUGUCUGACCUUCGUAUUUGGUGCCCUGCUAGAAUUCGCGUUGGUAAACUACGCGUCUCGAUCAGACAUGCAUCGAGAAAACAUGAAAAAACAAAGGCGACAAUGUGAACUGGAACAUGCCGCGUCCAUGGAUGCCACUUCGGAUCUCAUGGACAGCGAUAGCAAUGCUACCUUUGCUAUGCCAUUGGUACGCCAUCCAGGUGAUCCGCUGAGUAUGGAAAAGGUACGUCAAUGUGAAAUUCACAUGCAGCCCGCGAGACCUAACUGUUGCCGUUCAUGGUUGUCCAAAUUUCCCACAAGAUCUAAACGUAUCGACGUAAUUUCAAGGAUAACGUUUCCCUUGGUUUUUGCGUUAUUUAAUGUAAUAUAUUGGUCUACAUACCUAUUCCGAGAGGAAGCAGAGGAAUCAUAAGCAGUAGUUAAUAAAAUUAAAAAAAUACUUAUUGUGAUGUUAUGGGUAUCUGAUGUUUACUGGUUUCCAAUAUCUGAUACCGUAGAUUGAAAACCCUAUGAUUUUAACUUUACUUUUAUUAAGUAGGUGCAUUUACUACACAAUUUGGUUGUUUUAAUUGGGACGAACCAUACUGUUUCAUGUUAACAUAGUACACAGCUACAGAUCAAAAUUUAAAUAAUAAGAAGUAGCUUUAAAUGAAUAACUGUCAUUUUGCAAUCAAACUCUGCAAUAAUUGCUUAUUUUACAACGAUGUAGUCACAGUUGCACAACGAUUUUACUGUUUACAGUAUACUUACUUAGAUCUACUUCAUUCCAACACCACCGUAUAAAUGACAGUUACUCAUUCAUGCGCAAAUUUUAUUCCGAUACCAAUACCAAGUAUGUAUAUACGACGUUACUCAUUCAUACGCACAUUUUAUACAUUACUGACCAUUAUAGUUAUGUAUCAGAAUUUUAAAUAAUAACAUAAGAUAUCAGGAUAAUUUUUUAAAUCGUUAAAUAAUGUACUGAUGUAGAAUUCUUGCUCAGUAUUGGUAGUUUAGUUUUUUUUAUGCUUAUAUUUUGUGAAAUUCCUACAUAUAAUAAUCAGCGCUUAUACAGGGUGGUGUAGUUUUUCCAACUUCUUGAAGUACAUAGUCCCUUACAGAUUUUAAACACAAACUUCUGAUGUAGUUGUAUUAAAAUAAAAUUUUUAUGGCGAAAGUAAGUAUGAAACAAUUUUAUAAAAUUACGUUUUGUAUAGACUAUUAUAAUACUGGGAGAUACUCAAAGACUUGCAUAUUUUUAUUAUUGUUACUUCAUUUGAGAUUGGCCAAA